GAGAGAGAAAGAGAGUGAGAGGGUAAAAGGAGAAUCGUGCCCGGUCUUCGCAGCCGUGCAGAGAGAUCCGUCGAAGAAGGCGCAAGGAGAACCCCCUCCUUUCCCGCCGGCUUUUAAGAUUAUUUUUUCCCCUAAGUGGGGGUGCUUUUGGCAACACGAUGAAGGGCUGUCAAAAUGACUGUGCAGCAGGGUGUACGGGGGCAGCCACCAAGCAUGUGACCGAAUCAUUCAAGGCUGCUGACCUAAAAAUCAACCCGUCUACCACUUUCAAAGAAAAGCCGGACCUGAACGGCCUGGUGUUUGGAACUGUUUUCACAGACAACAUGCUGUUCAUAGAGUGGUCGUUAGCUUCAGGUUGGGAGACACCUCAUAUUAAGCCUUUGGAGAACCUCUCUGUGCAUCCUGCAAUCUCAGCUUUUCACUAUGCUGUCGAACUCUUUGAAGGCAUGAAGGCAUACCGAGGUGAGGAUGGCAAAAUCCGCUUAUUUCGACCAAGGCUCAACAUGGACAGGAUGUUGCGGUCAGCCCUGCGGGCGACUUUGCCAGGGUUCGACAAAGAAGAGCUCUUGGAGUGUAUCCGGAAAUUGGUGGAAGUUGAAAAGGAGUGGGUGCCAUAUUCAACCUCUGCUAGCUUGUAUAUUCGCCCUACUUUAAUUGGAACAGAGCCCUCGCUUGGAGUCAAGAAACCCUCAAAAGCACUUCUGUAUGUGAUCCUGAGCCCUGUGGGACCCUAUUUCUCCAGCGGGAGCUUCAACCCCAUAUCCUUGUGGGCAGAUCCAAAAUACGUCCGGGCCUGGAAAGGAGGCACGGGGGACUGCAAACUGGGAGGGAACUACGGCUCUUCUAUUUAUGCCCAGCGUGAAGCCAUGGAAUUAGGGUGCCAGCAGGUUCUCUGGCUGUAUGGGGAUGACCAUCAGAUUACGGAAGUUGGGACCAUGAAUCUCUUCCUGUAUUGGCAAAACGAAGAUGGAGAAGAGGAGCUGGCGACCCCACCGCUGGACGGCAUCAUUCUUCCUGGGGUGACGAGGCAGAGCAUUUUGGACUUGGCGCGCAAGUGGGGAGAAUUUAAAGUCUCAGAGCGCUACAUUACCAUGGGUGAUCUGAAAGCUGCCUUGAAGGAGAACAGGGUGAAGGAAAUGUUUGGUGCCGGAACAGCUUGCGUUGUGUGUCCCAUUUCUACAAUAUUAUACCUGGGCAAGAAUUUGCACAUUCCAACGAUGGAGAAUGGACCUCAAAUAGCUACCCGUUUCUUGAACCAGCUGAGUGAUAUCCAGUAUGGAAGAGAAGAAAGCGAGUGGACAGUCAUGGUAUCAUGAACCUGAAGGACAGGGCAGUUUGGACCUUCCGGCAGCACUACAAGGCAGGCCGAAACAGCACCCGAACGAUGAUCAGUUUUGCCGUAGCUCUGCGUAGAAUAGUCUCUGUGUUUUCACUUUGUUCCUGGGCUGGGGAGUGUGAUUUUCUUCACAUGCCAGGGAGUGUGAACACAAACAUGUUGAUUUUCUACUGUGAUUUUGCUCUAGACUUAGAAACCUGUCUUCUGGUAGAGGUGCUAGUUGUCAGCAAUAGACACUUUCCUAACAGAUUCCUUGGUGCCCCCUGUGUCUUUGAUACGGUUGACAGGUGUGUGACAAGUUCUUCAACUGCUCUUGCACGCCAAGUACUCGUUUAUUUUCUUAAUGUUUUAACAGUAGACCAGGACUGUUACACGCAACACAAUUACCAAGUGGCUCAGAGAAACGUUUUGCUGUCUCUGACUCUUCCUUUUCUUUCCAACGUUGGAAGAUAACUUUUAUUCAUUGUAAGAUAUCUACUUGUCCACCCACCCACCCACCCACCCACCUAGUUUAUCUAUCCUGUUGUCUCUGUUUUUGUGGGAUAUUGCUCCAAGAUCUUUUUAUGUUUCUUACUGAUGUUUUGGUUGUUGAGGCCACAUCUCACAAGGUUUCUAAAGCUGGAUUUGAUCCUUCUGCAGCACCUGGUGAUACUGGACCAUGGGCAGAUUCAAAAUUUCCUUUUCUCCCUACUGAAAGGGCUUCACCAAUGCCACAUGGUGAAGUGCUUUGUGGAAGGAGGCUGUUGGAAAGGAGGUUGGCUAUGCUGGGUGAGGACUUUUCCAUCCCUCACUUCUCGAACAAGCACGAUUCUGAAGAAGUAGCUCAAGGUCUGGUGAUCACGUGAUCCACCAUAUUGCAGCCACCCGAGUGGGAUGGCGCAGAGUGGUGUCCUGCAGCAGCAGGGGGUUGGACCCGAUGGCCUUCAUGACCCCUUCCAGCUCUACUCUUCUGUGAUUUUAUUAUUAUCCCUUAUGUUUUUAAAUCCCUUUAAGGUGAUCCACAUCUACGUAGUUCUGCCAGUGCUGGGAUAGCCACCUUGGUUCCUUGGAGGUGUGGACAGUGGAGUUUCAUCAUCCACGGCAGCUCUAGCCCACAUUCCGACUCCAUCAUUUCCUUGCCAAAUUGCUGAUUAGUGAAGAGCUAAUCAGGCAUGGCCUUAGUCUAUCGGAAGGACCAGUAAGGUGCAGCCUACAUCCUGAGGUCUGGAAGACCCGCUAAACUAGGCAUGAGCAGGGCUUACAAAGUCAUCACUGCGUAUUUCUUUAGGUUUAGGUCCUUUGAGGUUCACCAUCCAGAGCUGGUUGCAAAAUAGUGGCAAUCGAGAGCAAACCUCUCCAUCCAUUGAGCUAUACAAUGGGCUCAAUGAGCUGGGCUGACUUGCGUGUACAUUCUGAGUCAGGAAACAAAAGUCUCCAUUGGAAUUAAAAAGCCAUUUCAUUGUUAAGAACUGAGUCGGAAACAUUUACCCAUCUACUGCAAAAGGAUCCAGUGAUCCCUAUCUCCCUUCUACCCACCCUGAUUUGGAUCAUCUCCGUCAGCCAGGGACUAAAUUGCCCUUUUAGAGCUAUAGUAAGCGUACGGUGCAGGGGGCUGGAAGGAACGUGUUUUUUUUAACUCUUCGUUGUUCUUGUUCCAUCCCUUCCCUUUCCUUAAGGCCUGUUUUCCAUUUCUCCAAAUCACUCCAGUUUCACCCAUAUGGGUCACUAUGUAACUAUUUCCUUUGGUUUGUCUUUAUCCUUAAUCCUAUGUGAAUUUUGCCAUCUACCAAACAAGAUCUUUAGCUCUUGGCUCACCCCCUUUUGAGAGAGCUUUAAAACAUCUCUUGCCAAAGAGGUUACCUAAGUAUAGUAUUUAGCAUGCUCAAAUUCCAUGGGCCAGAUAUGGAUUGCUUUAACAUUAUCAUAGCCUCAUGGGGCAGCAAGUGAAUUACACUGGUCAGGUAGCCAAUGAAAUAGUGUGGGGAACUGCUUGCUGUUUUGUUAUUGCACUAAUGAAGAAUUUUGGGAACAGAAGCGUAUUUUAUUAGGGAGGGUGAAAUUUUGGAAAUGAUUAUCUCUGUCACUUUUCUAACAGAGCCUACCUCUAACUGAUGAUUUGCUAAAUACCUGUCUCUCCUACCUCCCCACAUACCUUCUGGUCUUGUAGCCACAUAGGAUGUUCAGAGAACAGAUGGCACAGAACUCCCUGGACUGUACUAUUGCAUGUGAGGGGUGGUGGAAGUGCUGAGACCGCCUGUUUAAAUGUCACCAUAUAUCUACAGUGAUUAGAACGAAAAAGUUAGCAUCUCAAGGAAAAGAAACGUGCCCCAUUCUUUCUCCGGCAUGUGCAAGCUCUUCUGGAUGCGUGGGAGCAGUCGGAAAGACCUGACGUGAUACAACCUGCCAGGUCCCCUGAGCCAAGUACUUUUGCUGACCAUUUUGAGCAGCACAUAAAAUGUGUCCAUUGGAUUAGAUGGUCCAGCUUUUAAUUACAUGUCCAGGAUCUGACUGGCAGCCAUUCCCAUGUUUGCAGUUCCUCUCCCUUUUGCUUGCAUAUCCUUUGUAGAAAACCUAUCAAUGCUAUAGGCAGUGGUGCCAGUUCACACACGAAUAUUUCUCUGCACGAGUGCAAACCUGGGUAGGCCCAUGUCUGUUCACAAGGAGAACAAAACAUAGAGUGUGAAUUUGCUCCAGGUGACUGAGCAAUGGAUGUCGAGACAGGUUUCUAAGUUUUUGUGCCACUUUAUUGAAGACUAGUUGAGACUAAUUGUGCCAAAUCGUGUUCUGUUCAGAAUACACACUUAAGCACAAAUGUUUGUGCCACUUACAGUAGAAAUAGCACUGUGUAUUUCCUCUUCUUGCCUCUUGAGUGUUUGCUGUGCUCCAAUCAUUGUUCAGUUUCAGUCCAAGUAUUGCUAGCCAGAGGUAUGUGGGUGGGGUUCCCAUCGUCCUGCUCCUGAGACUGCUGGCCACGGGAUUAAAUGGGACACACCAUGCUUCUGACACCCAGGAGGAGAGCUGCUUGAACAAGGCCAUGAUCAUAACUGAAGAGUGCCUUCUGAAUAGAGGGAGCAUGUCUGUGCUGAAAGAGUCACCUCACUGAGACCAAAACUAGGUGUUCAGCCGAUUUCUCAAAGAUGGGAUGGGGGAGCCCAGAUUCUGCCAUGGAGCGACAGGAAGAGAGGCCAUCUGCAGUGAAUCAGCCGAGAGUGGGGCCUGUGCCGAGCCAGUGCUUGCCUCCCCCGGGUUCCUUUUCCCAUGCCUUUGUUUGCCACUUCGAGGAAUGCAAUCAGUUGUGCAGAUAGUCUGGAGGGGAUUAUAGGGGAGAUGACAGGCAGGGGGAUGAUUGGGUGGGAGAGGUGCCGAUGGGUUCUCCAUCUUCUUCUGCCUUGUGUGGUGUGGGGUCAGCAGUGGAGGCUCCCAGACCCACCCCAGUGGGCUCCCCUGAAGUCUAGAGGGAGCCUCUUCUUGCAGGCUGUCAGUGGCAGCCCCGAAGGCGACUGGCUUCCCUCUAGGCCGGCUGCCCAGCACACAGAGAAAGGAGAACUCUGUGCGUGUAGGAGAGAGGACAGCGUUAAAUCCCUGGAGUGAGAAGAGGAGCAGGGCGGGUCCCAGGUGGGGAGGACAAAAGCAUGCUAUUCCUGCAAGGCUCAGUGCUUUUCCACGCUGCGAUGAGACUGUGCCUGGAAGAGCCGGUCCCUGGUUCCCGGAGGGAAAAUGUUACUGGUUUCGCCACACUGCUGUGGAACACCUGGAGCUUCUGACGUGGCUGCCACGUUCAUUCAAUAGGAUUGCCUUUGUAUCCUGCUCUUUGCGGAGGACGACUGAAGGAAUGCCCCUGAGCAGUGGUUGCGUAUGUGUUGUCAUGUGCAGGGUCAAAGUAUUUCCUGCAGGCAUCCUAUGGAGCUGUCUGAUAUCAAGCUCAGGCCCCUGAAUUGCUCUUGUCUGGGUAGCGGUUCUCCCAUUGGAGAGAUGCCCGGCAAUAUGAAUUGCUUCUUGGCAGUAGCACGUGAUCUCCGCACUCUCCUUUUACACCAGAAUACGUGGUGCAUAUUCGGCUUCAGCCGCCUUGCAGCGGUGGCAUUCUUGUCCUUUCCCGUGCCUAUGGGACCUCUCGGAAGCGGGGAGAGCCACUGGAUUUUGCUAAGGAUCUGGAGGCACGGGAGGAGGAAGCCAGAAGCUCUCCCACCUUUUGUGUGGAGCAUCCAAGGAGGCCCUCGUGCUGACAGUGUAAGGCAGGGAGAGCAACUCAUCGCUUGGCAGGCGCUUCGCCCUGCAACACCCAUGCUCCCCUGUGCUGGCUAGGGCACAUGGGAAGCAUAGGCAAAGCCAUCUGCGGGGCUGGAAGUUGCCUGCCCCAGGAUAGGAAGUCGCUGCCUGUUCUUAGAAGGGGUCUGCGAGAAAGAAUUGGUUCAUUCCAGUAAAAGAGGUGGCUGGAAUAAGCAGACACUCCCCUUGCUGUCGUUCUGCAAAACUCCCCUUCUGUUUCUUGUGGCCAAAUCAGUUCCACAUUGCAGGGAAAUACCCUUGUAUUCGACCAAGCAUUGAAUCAUUUGUCACACAGGAAAGCACACUAUGAAGUCAUUAAAACCCCAGGCUUGCUUCCCCAAUACACAUUUUUAAAAAAAAAUCUGUUAAAAAGAUGCAGCCUGAUUUGAAUGAUUAUUAUACCACUCUGUCGGCCUAAGUGAGGCUGGGGAAAAGUUCAUUCUGUUCAUAUUUUAAAGCAGGCUUACCUAACCUGCACUUGCCAAAACAAAACACAAGCUGAGCCGCACUUUGAGAUUCACUGAUUCUCAGAUUUUGCAAUGUAGUCGUCCAGGUUAAAAAUGCAUACAAAAUGAAUGUAUUAGGAGAAAGCGUGCACAAAAGUAUGUAUAUUAGUGAAGACAGUGUAUCAAAAUAUAUUAGGGGAAAUUGCAUGCCAAAAUGGUUAUAUUAGGAGAAAAGCAAGGCAAAACCAACUUGAGGUUGGAAAAAUGAAACAUGCAGUGAAAUCAGAAUGGUCAUAUUUGUCCAUUCCUGUGAGCCGUUUUCCCUGUUCUGUUAUUUAAUGGGUUCAAAAUGUUGGUCUGCUCUAGAGUCCAUGAUUCCUUCAUUCCAUCAUUACUGGAAAAUUUAUAUUUAAUUCUGGAAUUAAAUUGCACUUAAGUGUAAUUUAGCAACAACAGCAACAACAAACCAAGUGCAAUUUGCAGAAGCCUUUAUCUAAACUGCAUCUUUUUUUCUCCUGUGUUACCAAUAUUCCCUUGUAUUUCCUUGAGAAGUGCACUAACGAUCCAUGGUAAAAUAACAUUGUAACUAUAAUGUAAAUUUCCACUGGGGGAGACAGGGGUCUUCCAAGGAAGCAGUAGAAGUUGCAUAUAACCUUUUCAGGAAAAGCUGUUAAUCAAAGCAGCCCCUUACCCACACUAGCUACACACUCUGCUCAGUAUAAAAAGCUGUAACACUCCUACUAGGUAGCUAAGAGAACACAAUAGUUUUAAACAGCUACUUGUCUGUAUUACUGAACAUAGCUAGUGCAUUGGCCACAAUCCUCAGGCAUGCACCUACAACAUCUGUGCAUGCACCCAAAAUCUCCCAUCUGUUCCCUCUUCAGCUUUUUUCACCAAACUUCCAAGCUGCUUUUCAACACAAGCAGUUCACAGGUCCAUGUGUGGAAUCUGCGGAAGAUGGUCCAGAAGAGUUGUGUGCAUGCAUGAGUUACUUACCUCUUUGCUCUGUGGCCGUCAAGUUUAACUGGAGUGCACUGUUGUGUCUUUGCGAUGUGAUCCAAGAGUGUUUUAUGCUCUGGAAUUGUCUGUAUAAAUGGAUACAACCGGUUUGAGGUGUGCUUUUGUUUGCUUGUGUUUUCAGACUGUGAUUGCUUAAGAUCCUGGUUUUUCAAUGGUCUUUUCUUCAAAUGUAAAGGAGUUUAUCAGAUCACACUCAAACCAGCAGAGUAUUUUGAUAUUGCGUGACAAUCCUAUGAAAAAAAUAAAAACUAUACCUUC